GCAGAUCCUGAAUCACCCCGAGAUAUCAGCCGUGAUGGGUGACCAGGACAGAGACCUGCUCAGCUACAUGACCAAUUUGGAGGUGGAGGAAAAGUGCCGUCCCAAGUACCGCUGCAGGUUGAUGUUUUUCUUUGGGAACAAGCCCUACUUCCAGAACAAAGGCAUCAUUAAGGAGUAUCACCUUAGCAUUGCCGGAUAUAGGGCAUCUCGUUGCACUCCAGUCCAGUGGUUCUGGGACUAUGAACGUGGAGCCGCCGGCCGCAGGCACGACACCACCAGCCUUAACUUCUUCAACUGGUUGUGUGACCCCAGCUGCCCAGGGUCUGACAGGAUCGCCGAGGUUAUCAUCGAGGACCUGUGGCCCAAUCCCCUGCAGUACUACCCGAGGCAGGAAGGCAGCCGAAGGGAAUGA